AUGGCUACGGCCGCAGUACUCUGCCUGCUUAGUGUACCAGCAGCUCUGGCAGCACCGGUUUACAAUGCCCAAGAUCUGGUCGUUGACUUGGGUUAUGGUAUUUACCAGGGCGCUCAUAACGAGACUACGGGGCUCAAUGCCUGGAAAGGCAUUCGUUACGCUGCAGCUCCAAUUGGCGAUCUCCGCUGGCGAGCUCCAUCAGUACCAGCUGUGUCCCGAGCAGUAGUGAAUGCUACCACUUAUGGUACACGCUGUCCUCAAGCUGGGCCUUUUAAUCUCUUUGGCCAAUUAGAUUCACCAUCUGGCGACGAGGACUGUCUUUUCCUAAAUGUAUGGGCUCCGGCCGUCGAGGAAGGUAAGAACCUUCCAGUGCUCGUCUGGAUUCACGGUGGUGGAUACGGUGGCGGCAGCGGAGACCUAGAUAUGAGUCACAUCGUCACCGCAAACGAUAACAGCUUUGUCGCCGUUACAUUACAAUACAGACUCGGUGCGUUUGGCUUCCUUUCUUCGGCUGAGGUUGAAAAGAACGGUGUCGUGAAUGCCGGUAUACUUGAUUUGGCGUUCGCCCUGCAAUGGGUGCAAGACCACAUCAGCCGGUUUGGAGGCGAUGUCUCCAGAGUCACCAUAACAGGUGAGAGUGCUGGAGCUGGAGCAACAAUGCUCUUGGGCACUGCAAAGAAUGGCACUCUAGGGUCAUCACUGUUCAGAGGCAUCAUAUCUGCUUCACCCUACCUGCCACCUCAGUACGAUUUUGACGCUCCUAUUCCAACAGAGAGAUAUGAAAGCUUUGCUUCCCACGCUGGAUGUGGUAACUCGACCGACACGCUCGCUUGCCUGCGCAGCAAAGACACCGUCACACUGCAAUCUGCAAACAUCGACGUGAAUGCUGCCAAUUUCUACGGUACCUGGGCGUUUCUUCCUGUCACAGAGCCAGAGACUGGCUUCGUCACCACCCUCCCCAGCGAAUCGUUAUUCGCCAAACGCGUGAAUGGCGAGCACCUCCUCGUCGGUAACAACGCCAACGAGGGUCCUCUUUUCGUCCCCCCCAUCAAUAGCACUGACUCUUUACGAACCUGGCUCCAGGGCGCAUACCCAUACCUGGAGUCUACUGAUAUCGACGCCAUUCUCGCUGUUUACCCAGAAUCUAACGUCACGGACACUGCCCUCUACGCAACCACUGGCCUUGGCCCUGUCACAGCGCUAGACGUCAGUCAGUACGGCGCCGGCGUCCAGCAACGCGCCUACAACCUCUACGCCGAGGCGACCUUCGUCUGCCCCGCGUACUGGAUGAAUUCGGCCUACACACGCAACAACCGCACCUCCCACCACUAUCAGUACUCGGUGCCCGCGGCGCUGCACGGCGACGACCCCAACGCCUACUUUGGCCCCGCCCAGCCCAACCAGCCCGAUAUAUUCACCACCGUCUUCAGGCAGAUCUGGGGCGGCUUUGUGCGAGCCGCGAAGCCCGCAACUGCGCAGGGCAUCAGCAAUCUCACCUGGCCUGCGUGGGCCGACGAUGGCGAGAGCCGCAUGAUCAAUCUGAACACCACCGGUGGAGUGCCGUACCAGAGCCCUCAGAUGAACGGCGUGAACGUCACCGAGUUCAUGAUGCCCGGUAUCCAGAACGACUUCAGCGUUGUCGAUGCGUUGUCGUGGGAGGGUGGCCGCGGUGCCAGGUGCGACUUCUGGAAGACACUUGCGAGCAAGAUGUCUGUGUAA